CUUAACAUGAACUAAGGUACAGGACUGGGAACAAGGACAAAGAACUAAAACGCAGGAACAAGAGCAAGGCAGUGACUAAGAAACAAUAUAACAAGUAGACUACCAAACCAAUAUCAAAACAACACAGGACUACGAGCUAGAACACCAGACAAGACAUAAACACUAAGGACAAGGAAACAAGAAGAACAGGAAAACAGAAGGACACCAGAAACAAAUGGCAAAAACUACAACUCAUGACAGUGCGGGAGAUCUCUAGCCACUAACUUAAAAGAUUUGAAGCAGCAUUACGUUAAUUCAUUUAGCUGAUGCUUUUUUCUUUUAAAACAACUUACAAUUACUAUAUAUGUCAGAGGUUGCACGCCUUGAGGAACUAGGGGUAAAGGGUCUUGCUCAGGGACAAAUAGGUGUCUCACAGUGGAUUUUAACCCAGGUCUCUCACACCAAAGGUAUGUGUCUUAUCCACUGCACCAUCACCACCCCAGCAAUCUGAAGGAAAUUGAUAGGACACCUGUAAAUGGAAACAGUCCGGUAAUGACUCGCUGUAGACUGUAUAUAAAAAGGACUCAGCGGCAUCUGCUGGCGACGAGAUUACAUGACAUCACUUCCUGCUGUUGGUUUUGACAUUGUUGAACAGAGCUGAGGACAUUACAGGGUGAGAGAUCUCUGCUGGAAAACACAUAUUUGGAAGAUUUUAGGCACUCAAAGGAAGAGAUAUUAACUUGGUCGGUCUUACUGUAAGUCUAACUUGCAUGUCAAAUGGCUGAGAGAGCUCUUGUUGAACGUUACCUGAACUGCCACGUGUGUUCAGAGACUUUCAGAGAGCCUGUGUCUCUGAGCUGCAACCACAGCUUCUGUUCAAGCUGCCUGCAACAAUUCUGGGAACAAGCUGAAAAUAAAAACUGUCCCAUUUGCAAAAGAAAAUCAUCAAAGGAGUAUCCACAUGUGAACUUUACACUGAAAGAACUGGCUGACUCCUUUGCUGGGAGACAGAAAGCUGGAUCACCUGAGGCAGGACAAGGAGAGAAGAAGGUGGAGGUGGUGUGUAGUAAACAUCAAGAAGAGCCUAGAUUAUUCUGUGAGGACGAGCAGAGAGCUGUGUGUCCUGUCUGUGAGUUUUCUCUCCACAAGAGUCACAAGGUCGUUCCUAUAGAACAAGCAGUCAGUGACCUGAAGGGCCAGCUGAAAUCUGACUUAGAGUCUCUGCAGGACAAGAGGGACAAAUACAAACAAGUGGAGAAAACAUACAAUGAAGUGAUUCAACACUCCAAGAAGCAGCUGUUGUCCACAGAGAGGCAGAUCAGAGCCGAGUUCAACAAGCUCCACCAGUUCCUGAAAGAGGAAGAGGAGUCCAGACUGGCAGCUCUGAGGGAGGAAGAGGAGCAGAAGGGGGAGACUGUGAGCAGAGAGAUGAAGAAGAUUCAGGAGCAGAUCUCCUCUCUGUCAGACAGUAUCUCUGCUGUUGAAGAAGACCUGCAGAAACCCAGCGUGCCAUUCCUCAGCAGUUAUAAAGCCACUCAGACCAGAGCCAGAGUCCAGCGCUCACUGUCAGAUCCACAGCUGCUCUCAGGAGCGCUGAUAGAUGUGGCCAAACACCUGGGCAACCUGUCCUUCAGAGUCUGGGAGAAAAUGAAGGACAAGGUCCACUUCAGUCCUGUCAUUCUGGACCCAAACACUGCAAAUCCCGGUCUCUAUCUGUCUGAUGAUCUAACCAGUGUGAGACGUGGAGACACAUAUUGGCAGCUGCUUGACAAUCCAGAGAGAAACACAAUGUAUGCCACUGUUCUGGGCUGUGAGGGCUUCAGCUCAGGGAACCACAGCUGGGAGGUGGAGGUGGGAGACCACCCUGUCUGGCUUGUGGGUUUGGCUAAAGAGUCAGUUGAUAGGAAAGGAAAGCGAAAUGCAUCACCAGAAUUUGGAAUCUGGUGUUUAUUGCAUCAAAAUGGAAUAUACACUGAUGGAGCUGGAACGACUGUCAGAGUGAAGAAGAGUCCCCAGAGGAUCAGAGUCCAGCUGGACUAUGACAGGGGGGAGGUGUCCUUCUACGACCCUGAAGUAAUGACUCACAUCUACACUCACAGAGACACUUUCACUGAGAAACUCUUCCCAUAUUUCAGUAUUGCUGCGGCUGGUGAUGCUAAAACCACUGAUAUCAAAAUCUGUCACACUGAGAUGUCUCUGUGACAUUAUUUGUUUCAACUUUUACCAUCAAAAUGUUUGCAUCAUGAUUGCUUGAUAUUUAUUACACUCUAGACUCAUACUUUACAUCUAAACGUCUCUUAUUAUUAUUUUAUAUGUAAUGGUGACGAGGGUUACAGAUAUUUUAAAGGUAAUUAAGACUUUACUUAGACUAUAAUGUCUGUGUAGAAAAUCAGAAUAAAUAAAGGUUAAACCCUUUUCAAAUACCAAAUACUGAAACUAUGUUAUAUCAUCUGGCCUUGAACAUUCAUACAGCUACAAAUCAAUUUGAAUUCUAAAGUAUUAGCCCGGUCAGCAGAAUCUUGACUUAAUUUAGACGAAGAGAUUAGAUUGGAGAAGUAUUCACUAUACUAAUAUGCUGUUUCCAAUUGUGUGAUUUAAUCCUUAUCAGACAUCAGUUUUAGUUUGAGAUUUCUGGAUCUUCUGAUGAGUUAUUUCAGUUUCUCUACACUUUACACUCUCUAGAGUCUCAGAUGUACAGUAAAACACCUUCUGGCUCUGAUUGAUUGUUUUUUGUUGUUGUCCAAGGUCACAGAAGUUGUUUUUCACACCUGUUUCUACUGUCUGAAGUGAAUUAUGCAAAGUGGUUUUCAUCUUCUGAAAUUCAUUUUUGAAACACU